AUGGCGGUUCUUGAUGGGCUGACGACUAAGGCUCGGCUUUUGUCUUUCGGGUUGCAGAUUGACGGACUGUGUGAGUUUUGUUCUAAAGUGUUGGAGUCGAGGGACCACUUGUUUUUUACUUCUUGUUUAACAAAAGUUGUUUGGGCUGGUGUCUUGGGGCUGUGCAAUCAGUCGAUAGUUGUUCUUGAUUGGAAUGAGGAGUUUCUUUGGGCUUGUCGGCAGCUGAAAGGCAGGUCUUUAUUAUCUGCUUUGCUUCGUCUUGCUUGGAAUUAUUACAUCACGAUGAUUUGGAGGGAGCGGAAUAAUAGACACUUCGAGGGGUCGCGGCUUCUGUGGAUAGCUUGGUGGAUCGGAUUAGGGAGGCAGUUCGGUUGCCAUUUAGUGGGUUAA